ACAUGAAAAACAGUCAUGGCCGCCUUGUUGCGGGAGCACAUGCGGCUUUCCCACUUUAAGCUCUUUUCAACAUCUCCGCACGCCUCGCAAGCCAGCAGCUACGGCCCAAUUCCGCCCAAACUCGCAGACGCAGUCCGGAAAACGCUAACAUGCAGCUGCCGUUCACCGUGUGUGACCAACAAUACCCGUUCACUGACGACAACGGCAACACCAUGCAACGCCGCAGCGCUGAAACGACCAGCUCCCACGAACUUCACAAGUUUCCCGAGGCCCCCUAGACGGUUAGGUUGGUUCGGUGGCAACAGCUGGCGGUAUUUGAGUGCGUCGGGUGCGCGAUGGCACGGGAAUCCGGCGUUUCAUCGUGGAUACCAGACACCCGAAGUCUUCGCCGGGUUCGUGUCGGGGGUGCGUGGUCGCCCAAGCUCGCGGAUGCAGUGCGUUCGGCUCUACUGCGAUCAGCAAAAGCCCGACGACCUGCCGGACGAAGAUCCGCCCAAGAACAACGAAGGCAGCGUCAUUCAUUAUCCGGGGCAAGGCGUGGGUGCCGUGGCGGCAUUGACCGUGCCCGAAUCCUGGCCGCAGGUGCCGGUGAUUGCAGUCAGCCGGAACCCUGUCUUCCCUAGGUUUAUUAAGAUGGUAGAGAUAUCAAAUCCUUCACUUGUGGACUUGAUCAGAAGAAAAGUGAGGCUGAAUCAACCAUACGCCGGGGUUUUCCUCAAGAAAGAUGAAAGCAAUGAAGCUGAAGUGGUUGAAAGCCUAAACGACCUGUACAGUGUUGGCACGUUUGUUCAAAUCCAUGAGCUCCAGGAUCUCGGGGAGAAACUGCGAAUGAUUGUGAUGGCCCACAGGAGGGUGAAGAUUGUGCGGCAGCUGUUUGAAGCCGACGAAGACGAGACCAUCAGGAGGUCUAAUCGCAGAAGGAGUCGGCGUGGCAACGGUCGUAGCGUCAAUGCGACUACAGCGCCGCUGUCCGAUUCCUCGUCUGCGAGCGUCGAGGCAGAGGAUGCGGUGACUGCGGAAAACCACACUGUUCCCACCGGUCCUGUGCUCACCGUCGAAGUUGAGAAUGUUCCUCACGAGAAGUUUGUUGUCAGCGAAGAGAUGAAGGCAGUGACGCAGGAGAUAGUCAAGACGAUCCGAGACAUCAUUGCCCUCAACCCCCUCUACCGCGAGUCCAUCCAGCAGAUGAUCCAGGCUGGCCAGCGUGUGGUGGACAACCCUGUCUACCUCUCCGACCUCGGAGCCGCACUUACUGGAGCCGAAUCGCACGAGCUGCAGCAGAUUCUUGAGGAGACCGACAUUUCCAAGCGCCUCCUCUUGGCACUUUCCCUGCUGAAGAAAGAGUAUGAGCUGAGCAAACUGCAGCAGAAGAUUGGCAAAGAGGUCGAAGAGAAGGUGAAAAGCCAACAUCGUCGUUACAUGCUCCAAGAACAGCUCAAAGCGAUCAAAAAGGAGCUUGGCCUCGAGAAGGACGACAAAGAUGCCAUUGAAGAGAAGUUCAAGCAGAGACUCAAGGACUUGGUGGUCCCCAAGCCCGUGAUGGAGGUGAUCGAAGAGGAGCUGAACAAGCUGUCUUUCCUCGACAACCAUUCGUCGGAGUUCAGUGUGACGCGCAACUAUUUGGAUUGGCUGACGAGUCUUCCCUGGGGGAAGACUAGCGAAGAGAACCUCGACCUAGCGAGAGCAAAAGAGGUGCUCGAAGAAGACCACUACGGGAUGGACGACGUGAAGAAACGCAUUCUGGAAUUCAUUGCAGUGAGCCAGCUUAAAGGGACAACGCAAGGGAAGAUGCUCUGCUUCUACGGACCACCCGGUGUUGGGAAGACGAGUAUUGCCAGGUCCAUUGCACGCGCUCUGAACCGAGAGUACUUCCGUUUCAGCGUGGGUGGCAUGACGGAUGUGGCAGAGAUCAAAGGGCACAGACGCACUUACGUGGGCGCCAUGCCCGGGAAGUUGAUCCAGUGCCUGAAAAAGACGAAAACCGAAAACCCGCUGGUGCUAAUAGAUGAGGUGGACAAGAUUGGAAGGGGUUACCAGGGCGACCCUUCCUCGGCACUGCUGGAGGUCCUAGAUCCAGAGCAGAAUGCCAACUUCCUGGAUCACUACCUCGACGUGAAUGUGGACCUGUCCAAGGUGCUGUUCAUUUGCACUGCCAAUGUGACCGACACAAUCCCCGAACCAUUGAAGGACCGCCUGGAGAUGAUUGAGGUGUCCGGCUAUGUGGCAGAAGAAAAAAUGGCCAUUGCCGAGCGCUACCUGAUCCCUCAAGCAAGAAAUACUUCGGGUGUUGCGGAGAGCCAGUUGGUGAUCCAGCCAGAAUCCCUGCAGCACCUCAUCAAGUACUACUGUCGGGAGAGCGGAGUGCGGAACCUCCAGAAGCACAUAGAAAAGAUCCUGAGGAAGGCGGCCUUCAGGAUAGUGAGCAAGGAAGCGGAAGAGGUGGAGGUGCGCCCGGACAACCUCAACGACUUUGUGGGCAAGCAGCUGUUCACGCAUGACCGCAUGUACGACGUCACGCCUCCCGGCGUCGUCAUGGGCCUGGCUUGGACAGCCAUGGGUGGCUCGGCACUGUACAUUGAGACGGCGAUGCCACGCCCGUUGGCGAGCUCGACUGAGAAAAAAGGGGCCGAGGGUUCGCUACAGCUGACUGGCCAUCUCGGCGACGUGAUGAAGGAGAGCGCCAACAUCGCCUUCUCGGUCGCAAAGAGCUUCCUCCUCUCCCACUAUCCCGAGAACGACUUCCUCCAGAAAGCACACGUCCAUCUCCACGUGCCUGAGGGCGCAGUUCCAAAGGACGGACCGAGCGCCGGCAUCACCAUGGUGACGGCCCUGCUUUCCCUGGCACUGGGCAGGCCGGUACUUCCGGGUGUGGCCAUGACCGGGGAAGUGUCGCUUACGGGCAAAGUACUCCCAGUCGGAGGCAUCAAAGAGAAGACCAUUGCCGCAAAGAGGGUUGGCAUUGGAUGUCUAAUCCUUCCGGAGGAGAACAAGAAGGACUUUGCGGACCUGCCGAGCUUCAUCACGGAUGGACUGGACGUCCACUUUGUGGACCACUACAGCAAGGUGUUCGAUAUCGUGCUGAAGGGCUGACGGGAGAAUUGCGUGUACAUAGAUAUUCACCCACCAUUGCAACCUCUACUCCAGAUGAGCCUUUUCUUAGUCACUAGAAAAAAAAAAUAAAAGGAUUGCUCUUAAUUUUAAA